AAAUGGCGAUUUCUAGCGUCUUGUGUGCACUGUGAGUAGAUGAUGUUUUUCGAAGAAAAGUUUCGAUCGUAUAAAAAAGAAGGUCCAAUUUUGUAAAAGCAACUUUAAUUAAUUAACUUGGAAGAGUACUCGAAAGAAGUCGCUAUAAUGGACCAAGCACCUACAGAUACAGAGUUACGGAACAUCAUUGACAAACUGGCACAGUUUGUCGCCCGCAAUGGACCGGAGUUCGAGCAGAUGACCAAAAACAAGCAGAAGGACAACCCUAAGUUUGGUUUCCUGUUUGGCGGGGAACACUUCAACUACUAUCAGUACAAAGUGACUACAGAGCAAGCCAUUUUAAAGCAAAAAGGAAUAAAUCCAAUGCAAAAUGCAGACCCACGUUUAAACGUUUCGCAGCAGCAGCAAACAGCCGCUACCGCCACGCAGUCGCUGAAUAACGUCAAUCUAACGUCUGGCCUAAAUACUCAGAACAAUGGAUUAAAUCCGGUAGUUGGAAUUGGGCCAGUGGGAAAUUCGGCUGGUACAGUGAUACCAGGCGUACCUGGACAAAUUGGAGGACCAACUAGUACUGGACCACCUAUUGGAUCGGUACCGUCUGCCAUGGGAGGUGUAAAUCCACCAAUAGGUGGAGUUACACCAGCGGUUAACAUCGGUGGCCCACCAGCAUGGCUUCAAACAGAACUGGCCAAUCUUCAAUCACAACAAACGACUCUGCAGGAACAAGUUAGACAAUCGGAACAAAAUCUUGCUGCUCAACAUGCUGCAUUAAUGGCACAACAACAAGGCAGAGUCGAGGAUGCAGUUAGACAAGCUCAGGAAACAGCUCUGCAAAAUAACGCUCAAACAACCAACACUGAUCUUACAGCAUUUGAUACUGUUUUGCAACCCAUUAUUGAUAGCUGUACCAAAGACAGCAUAAGCGCAGGAAAGGCUUGGAUUCUUCAAAAUUCUGUUACGCCACAAAGCAAUCAAGUUGUUGCUGAUCAUUUAUUAAAAAAAGUUAUCCAAGGAUCGACAUUUAGCCAUAAGCUUCACAUUAUAUAUUUGGUAAACGAUGUCUUGCAUCAUUGCGCUAGAAAAAAAUCUAUGGAUCUUCGAAAGGCGAUGGAAAGUGUAGUUGUACCCAUGUUCUGUAAUACUUCAUUAGCCGCAUCCGAAGAGCAACUUAACAAGCUUAAUAAAUUAUUAAGCCUUUGGGAAUCAAAGAAUAAUUACUUUGACGAAGGAAUUAUAGAUAAAUUGAAACAACCCAGUGCAUCAUGGUCAGAAUACCAAGCUAAUUUGGUAUCUCAACAUGCAAGCGCUAUUACACCUAUCACAACUUCAACAAAACAAACAUUUGACAAUUAUCAAGCCCAACAUCAAGCAUUUGUUACGCAUGCUUUAAGACAAAUUCAGAAUAUUGAACAGCAAAAAAUUGCAAUCGAUCAGCAGCUAAAAGCACCACCUCCACAACUGAAUCAACAGAAUAUGGCACUACCACCUAAUCAUACUGGUCCCAGCGGACCAAUGGGUAGUGAUGUUAACUUUAGUCAACCUCCACCUGGUUGGGGUGUACCACCAGGAAAUGAACCACCACCAUUUUCCAAUGUGCCUUUACCAGAUUUUUCUAAACCACCACCAGGAUUCGGUCCACCACCUGUCAUUCACGAACCAUCUGUCGAAGAUUUGAUGCCCAGCAUGCCAUACUUUGAUUUGCCUGCAGGUUUGAUGGUCCCCCUCAUCAAACUUGAAGAUGGAGAAUACAAACCAUUAGAUCCCGAUGCUAUCAGACUUCCACCACCUGCACCACCCAGUGAUCGAUUGGUUGCUGCUGUAGAAGCUUUUUAUGCACCUCCAAAUCACGAUUCACCGAGAGAUAGCGAUGGAUGGGAGAAACUUGGUCUUUAUGAAUAUUACAAAGCAAAGAAUUUAGCUCGCAAACGCAAAGAAGAAGACAUUGUAGCUGGAAUUAGGCAAAAAUCAAAAUCACCCUCGCCUAUUUUAAGGCCAAGAUCAAAGAGUCCUAGUCCUCCAAAGAAACGUUACAGAAGCAAAUCUCGUAGCAGAUCACGGUCGAGAUCAAGGGGUAGGAGUAGAUCACGAUCACCAACGGCGAAUCAUAGACGGAAUAGUCGCAACAGUAAUCAUAAUACUAGAAGUCGCAGAAGAAGAAACAGCAAUAAAGAUCGAAGUCCUGAGAGAAGAUUAGACAGACAGGAUCGCAGUCCAACUCCUCCAAGUUUUCUUGGAUCAACAUAUAGCAAAGCUCCGCAAGAGAUAAGUCUCGAUGAAAGUAAUAAAGGACACCAGUUGUUAAAAAAAAUGGGCUGGGCUGGUGCUGGAUUAGGUGCUAAUGAGCAGGGUAUCGAGGCUCCUAUAUCCGGGGGUGAAAUUCGAGAUAAAAAUGACCAAUAUAAAGGGGUCGGUAUUAAUUUGAACGAUCCGUACGAAAAUUUCCGUAAAAGCAAAGGACAGGCGUUUAUUACUAGAAUGAAAGCAAGAGCGGAGGAACGAGCCGAGGAAAGAGGAGAACGGGACUGAAUAUAUCAAUAAGAUGAAAAUGAGGUGAUAUCAGGACAAAAUGAAAGAGAUAGGCGUAUUAUCGAGAAUAACGAAAAGAAAGAGAAAGAAAAUCUUGGCGUCGAAAACAGAUCGACACAAUUUGUCAACGAUUUCUUCUAUUGUUCUGCCUAUGAGGGCUGAAUUUCAAUAUAUAUUUGUUCAUACUAAUUAUUAAAUUCUAAUAAUAAAUCAUUUACUUUUACAAGUAAAAGACUUAGUCAUUAAUCCUUUCGUUAUGGCAUACUUUGACGCGAAUAUCCUUUCAUAUAAAUUCAUCAUCGUUUCAUGUUAUAACUCCCUAUAUGGGUCGGUUGGAGAUUAAUCGUUCAUACGGGGAUCUUACUUGGAUGACUCUUCAUACAUGAGUCGCUUAUAACGAAAGAGUUAAUGAUCGACAUAUUUUACUUUACAAUUAAUUAGAAUCGUGUAAAAAGAUUUUAUAAUUUAAUUAAUUAUAAUAAUAAUAAUU